CUUGGCGUAACCUAUUCAUACUCUUGAGUUGUGCUGACUUCUAUUUGAAAAAUGAUAUUAAUUUAUAGUAUCAAACUUUAAACAAAAGUACAACGACGGGGUCCUCCUUAACAUGGCCAAAUUUAUUUUUGAUGUUGUAAAAGUCAAACAUCAUUAUUUCUCCAUGUCGAUAUGUUGAAAACUCACCCUGGAAUAUAAAAUAUAUACAAAUGUAAAUUUAAGUGCAAGUUUAAAUAAAAAUCAAACUAUUGUGUGCAAUAUAACUUCGGUUUAUAAUCACAAGGUAUACUUUAAAAUAAUAUCUCGAAUUUCGUCUUUAUGUCCUCUUUGAUCAAGUUCUAUUGUAAGCGUUAAAGGUUAAGUAAAUAUCCGAAUAUAAUAUAUACAUGAACGGUAAGGCGAUUAUAUAUAUUUUCUACAGUUUAAAGGUGUAAUACAGGUUUUCUGCAAUUGGUAUCACUUGAAAUGUUUGCACGGACCCAAGACCAGUAGGUUAUUCGGCCGUUGGGUUAUGCAUUACAACUGUAUUUAGUAAGAUGUGGAAAGUGCUGGAUUUUACCCACUCGCCCUGCAAGCGAGGGGUCCCGGGAUCGAGCAACGGACCAACUGCACGUUUUUCUCACCCUGCGACAUAAUAAAAUUACAAAUAACUAACCGAUUAUCAACAAAAAUCGUAUAAAGUUCAGUAGAAAGUGGGACGGAGGAGAGUGCCAUAGCCUUUAUUCAACAUAACAAAAGCGGCUGACAUUUCUGAUGAAAUAAGCACGUAUAUAAAAGAGUUGUAUUCCAACUAAUCGAUUAUUCGAUUUUAAAGCAGUUGUGUUAUAAACCUUUAAAAUGCUACCAUUCAUUUUUAGGUCAUAUUUAAUUAUUAUUCUUACAACCAAAGAACUAUUUUUAACAACCAAGUUUAAAAUAUAGUAGAAAGUGGUACAAACACAUUCAAAUGUUUUGAUUAAUUUGAAUAUUAAACGUUGAAAAUCGGACUUAAUGUUUAAAAGCAUUUCAUCGUGACAGAAAGAGAAAAAGAAAAAAUGGGCGGUUUGUCAAAUUGUUUUGGAUACUUGUGUGUGACCCUUAAGAUAAUGGCCCUUAUUUCUAGCCUUGUGGGUCUCGGCAUCCCGUACUGGUAUCAAGGGGACGCUACAGAGUCAACGGGCGUCUCGGGGACAGUUAAAACAACUAUAAGAGAAGGGUUGUGGAAGAAAUGUACGGUUCUCGAGUACACGUCGACAACAUCUACGUUCUGUGCUGGAAAUGAAGUGACAACAGUUAUCAAUGUUAUACGCUGGCUAGUUUUUAUUGCCGCCGGAGUGCUUGGUAUCGGCGUUCUGGCCGCCGGAGCCGCUCACAUGGAGAAGAACAGCACGGCAUUUAUUGUCGCAGCCAUACAUGGAUUUAUAUCAGCUGUGGUCCACACGGUAGCUACAGCUCUAUAUGCUACAGUGGUAAAGGAUGAUAUAGGAUUCGAGACGAAGCAUCUGUAUAUCGGCUGGGGUAUGAUAGUUCUGAGUAUGAUCCUUACCCUGUUGGCUUCAGUGCUCGCACUUAUACUGGCUCGCAUGGUGAAGUCAACUAAGGUGGAGAGUCAAGGACAAGAAUGAAAUACCAAAUAAGACAAAGACAGUAACUUUGUAUAUAUGUUUAAAAGAUGGAAUCGUUUCCGUCCAAUUAAAUAUAUGUAUCUUCAAAAACGAAAGAAAAACCUUUAUUUUCGCACGUCUCGGGGCUUACAAAAUAUGUUGGCUACUUCAGGGGUGCUCACCUUUCUAUUUAUCUUAUAUAAGGUACAUGUUAAAAUCCUUUUUUUCCCUGUUAUUUAAACAUCAAAAUAUUAACUGUUAUAUAUCCAAAGAACACAGAUUUUUUUCCAGUACUCUGUAAAAUAAAUGU